AUGGAGGAUGAAAAGAAGAAGAAGAAAAAUAAGAAAAAGAAGAACAAGCCGACAAAAACAGCAGACAGUGUUAUUGUGAGUGUCAUAGAAUCGACCUCUGUUGAUGAGUAUCAUGCCGCCGAGAAUGGGCAGAGUAGUUUUGGCCAAGUUUCUGAGGCUGCAGAUUUUCAGAAUGAUGUUGUGAGAAAACCAGUCGUGGAUCUGGAUGCACAUCAUGCCAAUGACACUAAGGACUCAAUUUUUCCUGAGGAGAAACAAUGCUUGCUGGCGAGAGAGGCUAGCCUAGCUGAGAAAAUUAAAGAAUUACAAAAGGAAAAGGAAUCCCAAGUACUGAAAGAGGUAAUAUGCACUUCAAUUAAUGUGCUACCAGACUGCUAUUGCAAUAACAACUUGGUAAUUGUGCUUAAUUUAUUUCUCAUAUGCAAUUUUAGCUUUCUUCCAUUAGUAAAUAAGUUGAUGUAAAACUUUCUGAAAAAAAAUAAAUUCCUGUAAAGCUAUCUUGGAAGAGAACAUUAAACAACUACAAAACAAAAAAGAUGCACAAAUACUAAAAGAGGUGAUUGAAAUGAAACUUAAAGGGGACAUAGAUUGGCACUGUGAUAAAUUACUUUUUCAUGUGCAAAAUUGUUUGUUCUAUUUAUAUUUUUCAAAAGCAGUUGGUAACUCUCU